AUGCCGGCGGGACCCGACUCGGAAAUCCGGUAUCACAUGGACAGCUUGGCAGCCAUUGUCCUGGAGGCUUCCAAGACCGAGACAAAGGGCUUACAGGAUCUUUGUGCCUACCUGCAACAACGCCAUGGAGAGAUUCAGUCUUGCCUGCGAGCUCUGCAAGAGCAGCGAAAGAUCAUGGACUCGGUGAACAACAAGAUGAGGACCUUUGCCCUCAAGAUGCUGGUUCAGCGCUCUAAGGGUGUACCUUGUAGCAUGCUGGACUUGGUGAAGAAGGUGCGACAGGCGGAGGUCCGCGGCGAUCUGAUCUCUGGG